AUCGAACUCAAGUCAGAUCGGUUCACUGGCAGGUGUCAAGUCAAUUUAAUUUUUUAUACAUCUUUAUAGAAUGAAUCGUAGGUGCUUUAUCGGAGCUAUUAGCCUUUUGGUAGCCAUUUCCAAAGUUCAUUGCCACAGCAUCAGUGGUGCAAAUGCCACCCUGAAUCUACCCGAGAUUCGAGGUGACAAGUUCCUGUACUUCGGUUUCGGCAGCAAUAUGCUGAUCCAAAGGAUCCACAUCCACAAUCCAACGGCCGUGAGAGUCGGACCGGCCCUGCUACCCGACUUUCGAUUGGACUUUGCCCUCGAUUUUGACAGUUGGAGCGGAUCUGUGGCGACCAUCGUUCCCACCAACGAUGAUCAUGUCUGGGGAACCCUGUGGGAGAUCGAUCUGAGUAAUCUACCGGAUAUAGACAACCAAGAAGGCGUUAGUGAAGGCAUUUAUGAGCCCCGCACGGUUUACGUGAAACUCCGUGAUGAAUCCGAAUUAACUCCCGCCCGUGCUUACCUACUGAUCAAGCAGCCAAAUAGCAAUCUCUACAUGCUACCCAAGGACUCCAUUCCCUUAUCCAGACAGCCCUCGAAAACAUAUCUCCAAUGCCUCGUAAAAGGCGCUAUCGAGAGCUCCGUCCCGGAGGAUUAUGUUCAGCGAUUGAGGAGCAUCAAGCAUAAUGGAAAAGUGAAUUCUGAUAUGGAGCAGAAACUGGAACUGAAAAAUGUAACCCUCUAAGUAAUGAAAACAUUCAAUAAAUUAGUUGGAUUUGCACCACUUA